UCUCUGUUUACGCGGUUGAAGUCCUGUCAGUUAGUAGGGUUGUCAUUUAAUAAAGUGAGUUUUUCCUAAUUCCUGCCUGGAGGAGUCUUGCACUUGGGUCCUAUCCACCAACCCUGACAGUAUGAACCGACCAGUAUGGACCCAGCAGACUCCAACAUGGAGGAGCUAAAACAGGUGGAGUACACCCUCACUAGGCUUAUCUCUGAGCUGGGGAGGUCUACAGACUUGGAGUGCCGGCAUGCGAUUUGUUCAUUGAUGGAAAGGACCAUUUCCUCAAAGCCCUGGCUACUGAAGGUUCCAGGAAUGGCUACCCUGGCCGACCAGCUCUUAGGUCUGGGUAGGAGCCUUCAGUCCCUCUUUGUUCCCUCCGGUAAUCCAGUUGUUGAGGCUACUAGUCUCCCACCUGACCCUGCCCCUGCAGCCCAUUGCCAGGGGCGUAGGGUGGGCCUGCUGCGCCUUCAGCUGGCCGCUUCAAGUCCAGAACCCCAGCCUGAGGAGUUCCAGUUCCCCCCAGAACUCACUCAUCAAGGUCCCUCAGGCUCCCUCCAGGAGGAGACGUGGUGCCAAGCGUCGGCCAACCCGGUCAUCCGACACCAUGCCUCCUGUGCCCAGCCCCGAGGCGCCCGUUCCUGUGCCCGACGCCGCGGCUGCAGCCCAGCCGCCUGAGGCCACGCCUCCCUCUGACUGUCCGGCCCCGCUUCUGCCCGAGCUCCUCUCUGUCCCUGUCCCCGUCACUGUGCCUGUCGUUGUGCCAGUCACCAUCCCCAUCUCUGUGCCAGUCACCGUCCCGGUCACCAUCCCCAUUCCUGUGUCUGCGUCUCCUGUGUCUGCGUCUCCUGUGUCUGCGUCUCCUGUGUUGUUGAGUCUGCCCCGUCUAAAUUUGUCAACUUCCUGCCCAACCUUGCCCAGUCCAUGUCUGCUUGUGCCCUGUCUGAGCCCACCUGCUCCCAUUUAAGUCCCGCCUUCCAGACCCCCUCCACCCACCCGGCUGGAGUUUCAGGAGGGCCAGGAGGCGUCCUUUGAGGGGGGGGGGGGGGGGUACUGCAGGAUCCUGCCUGGAUGGAAUGACUUUGUGCCACCCCAGUGUAGUGUGCUGUGUUUGCCUGGUUCCCCAUAUGCUUUGUGUUACCUGCCUGUCACCUGUCUUUGUCUCCGCCCCAUCUCCUUAUUUGGUCUGUGCUUCCUGUCUUGUUAGUUUUCCCUCCGUUUCUGCCUCAUCUGUUCCCUGUUAUUGUCUCAUUGGUUUCAUCCAGUCCUCUUGUCUUUCUGUUAAUUGGUAUGUGUAUUUCUACCCUCCUGUUUCUCUGUUCCUUGUUGGAUUGUCUCUCUGUUUACACUGUUGAAGUCCUGUUGGUUAGUAGGUUUGUCAUUUAAUAAAGUGAGUUUUUCUAA